AUGGCGACGACGUCGUUUAACAUGCAGUCAGUGUUCGCCGCUCCUUCCGGUGGAUUGAGCUCUCGCAACAUCAGAAACACAAACCAAGUCUUCUUCAAGAGAAAUGCUUCUAUGGGAGUCAGGUGCAUGGCUCAGGACGAUCCUAUCAAGGAAAUUCCUUCUUCGCCGUUGACCUCAGCCGCUCAACCGCAAAUUCCGUUGACUCCUCCUCCGGUUAGCAAGCCUAAGGUGAGUACGAAGUUUAACGACUUGUUAGCGUUUAGCGGUCCAGCGCCAGAGAGAAUAAACGGAAGACUAGCGAUGGUUGGAUUCGUGGCUGCGAUUGCGGUGGAGCUGUCGAAGGGAGAGAACGUGUUUGCUCAGAUCUCCGACGGAGGCGUCGGGUGGUUUUUGGGAACAACGGCGUUGCUGACGUUGGCAUCGAUGGUUCCGUUGUUCAAGGGAAUAAGAGCGGAGGCAAAGUCCAAGGGGCUGAUGACGUCAGACGCGGAGCUUUGGAACGGUCGUUUCGCCAUGCUUGGCCUCGUUGCCUUGGCCUUCACUGAGUACGUCACUGGUGGGACCCUCGUCUAA